AUGCUGUCUCGACUGCCUCCGGAGAUCGUUUAUCAUAUUGCGACCUAUCUCCCCUCCGCCAGUGCCUUGGCUCGCCUCGCCCAGACCUGUCGGCGCUUACAUGAGGUCAUUGCUGCCGAGGACUGGCGAAUCUACCGCGCUUUUGUGAAAAGUCGAUUUCCAGAUAUCAAGACUCCUCUAUUCUGGAAAGAUGCUGCCCAGGCCCUUACCUCGCGCUCUCGAGCCCUGGAUAGACACGCCGUAAUUGGCCGGUUCGUCCUUCAGUCCCAGAACGCAGUGAAGGUUGGGUCUCAUCGAGCGACCAGACGGGACAACCCUACCCAUGGUUAUCGUCCUGCAAUUGACUCCUAUGAAGUGUGGAAUGGGGAUAGAUGGGAGGACCGAAGGGAAGUAUUGGCAUGGGGCGCGGCCGAUGAACUAGCAUUGCGGAUCAAGCAAACCGGCGCGAAUCAAGAUGAGAGAUGGUUUGUGUUCAAUGACCUGGAUCACAUCAGCAGCCAUGAUGAUAUCUGUGGGGUUCACAUCUUGAAGCCCGGUCAUUAUGCAAGGGAAGCGGGAAAAGAGCACUUGAUAUUCGGUCGACUGCGCGGGGAGCUUGUUCAUCUCGCAAUUUCUCCUGAUGAAGAGACCCAUGAAUACAAACAACAGUUUUCAACUUUCGGUUUAGAAAUUGAACGGAUCGAUUUGAGUGAUGGACCGGAGCCGAUUCUCGCUGCUCAUUUUAACAAUGGAUCGAUAGCAUUCUAUAACACGACAACAGGAGAGACAAAUGUUGACGCAUUUGCUCGUCUCCGAAUUGAUCCGGAGAACGUGACACGGAAUAAGUACUCCAGAUUUCUGUCUCCAUAUCGAUUUGCCGUUGGUACAGGACGACCCGACGAUGCUCUGGCCAUUUCAACUAUCACCCCCAAUUGCCUUUCGCUUGAUCGUGAAAUAAGCGUGAAUUCAUUGGACCUUGAAGCACAAGUCGGUCUUACUCCAAAUACCAGUGUUAGUGCAAUCGCUCCUCUCAAUGCACAGUUCUCCCGAGGGUCUUCGGGAGACGCCUUUCUUGCAGCUUGGGGUGAUCGCGUUAUCAGACUCCAUGACCUCCGUUCAGACAAGCCAUAUGAGGCCAUGUAUCGAGAUGUCACCGAUCAAAACCCUAUAUAUUGCGUCCAUCCUUUUGCCAAUGAUCGAUUCUUCGUUGGUGCAGGUGGAGACGCUGUCGUGAAGAUCUUUGACCUUCGCAUGCCAAAAACCUACAGUUAUUUAGAGACUAGACUGGCUUCUCUGUUGCCCCCUCACAACCACCACAUGCAGUCUCCAAACAGCAAAAUCACUUCCUGCACCAAUGGCACUUUCAAUAGCAUCACAUACCCUCGCAAAGAUCUCACCAUAUUUCUUUCAUAUCAGCCUCCAGCCCUCUCAAAUUCAAGCCGGGCACGAGCUCGCUCAAGUCGCUCAAAUCGUGCGUAUCGCGGUGCGGUUUACACCAUGUCUUCGCCAUCUGCUUUGUCACCAACCAUUUAUACUGGAAUUGCCGACGCAGUCGUUCAAUUAGAUUUUGCAUCCACGGAUGAUUUGACCGGUCCCUGCCGGGAAUGGUACCAGAACACUCUCGAUAUCGACUCUUUCGACUUGAACGCAGACAGCUCCUCCUCUCCCAACCAGAUACUAGGUUUAUCAGGCUACGAACGACCAGACCCUAGAAACCCAACUCAAUUUUCGAAACUCCGGGUUCAGCAGCCGUUCAGUUCCGUUGGAGAAGACGAUAUAUUAAAUGAGAAGUUUACUUCUUGGGACCGCCGAUGGAAACGUCUUGAAGAAACUGGGGCAUGGAGGCGUCGCGGCUAG